AUGUUCGCUGUUAUCAUAUCGUUAUUGCUUCUGCCCCUCACAUCUGCAGGCAAUGUGGAUAUCGAAGAAUGUGUUAAACUAGUCGGAAACCCUGCUAAAAAACGACCAACUGUGGAUUCUUGUCCAGAGGAUCCAGUUUGUUCAUCGAUAUUUGUCUAUCAUCAAGCCGCUCCUAAUGAUUUAGUAAACAAUUUGAUGGAGGAUCAAGAUUAUAAGAUUCCUGAACUAUGCAACAAGGUUAAAGAUUUCGCAGCAAGAAUGUGCCCGAAAACGUGUGCGAUGUGUUGUAAAACGAAGGAAUUUAACUGUCACGAUGUCAGUCCCGAUGCAUGCCGAAGGUUGGAUAGAAAUAUUUGCUUAACUGCGCCUAGCGUAGCACUAUCGAUGUGCCCAUUUACAUGUGGCCUUUGUCACAGACCAGGUGCUGCUGGAAUGUGUCCAGAUGAAAACGAAAAUUGUGCGGCUAUUUUCUAUUUGGACCCUACAUGCAGUACGGAUUUCAUGAAGAGAUCUUGCAAGAAGACAUGUAGACUAACGGAUUGCUUACCAGGUUGA